AUGGCCACUCAGCGUCACUAUUACCAGCCCACUGCCUACCCAUACCACCAUGCACCAUCCAAGGCGCCGGCACCAGCACCUCUCUACCCCAUUUCCAGAGUCUCUGGUUCCCCACCAGAUUUCUCUGAUGCAAGCACCACUGCCGGCAGUCGUUCCUCUGGCGGGCUCACCUUCAGCUCUGCCGGCGAAUACGACUCCAGCUUUGCAUCGUACUCCGGCGUCGAUGUCGUGGAUGUCCUGAGCGACCGCAUGCAAGAUGCAUUUGACCCAACCCCAUUAGACAAGGGUCUAGCACGACAAGCGCAGACAUCUGGACAACUGAACGCAAAACAGCAAGAACUCCUCGAGCUCCAAGCGCUCGCACAACGCCGACUAAAAGGCGCACGGGCGAAUUUCACCGAAGGCCUGAAAACCGCACGAGAGACAAAGCGCGAUCUGGAAUGGACUCAAAAACGCGUCAGGGGAUUCCGCUCCGCCGGAAGAGCUUGGCACGUGCACGUCGAUCAGCGUGCCUGCGGCAUUAGCGCCGAUGAGGGCGUUUCUAGAAGGCUGACACACGUGGCUGGAAAUAGUGCUCUCAAGGCUAAGGCUGAGAAGGCCCAUCCUGAUGAGUACCGUCGCUCUUCGAGGAAGUACGCCUAUGAUGGGUAUUGA